AUGGCGCUUAAAACUAGUUUUCACAUGGAAGAGGUAACAAGAACAAUGCUUGGCCGACAAUUGGAUUUUGCUUUGUUGUUCAGGGAUUCAAUUUGGAUCAGAGUUCRAGAGCAAUUUCUAUCGUAUUCUGUAUCAGAAAUGCCUAGUGUUUUAGAGUUCAUUGGAGCAAUAAUAACAAGAGUUCUGUUUGGGGUUCAUGCAGUGCUUGUUAUAUGGAUCGUACUUCAGUUAUAUUCAGGAUACGAAGCGUACUGGGUUGUGUGUACAGGACUUUGCUUUCUCGCCAUAGAAACCUUGUUUACUCUAAUCAUUCGCAAAGGACAGGAAUAUAGAUAUUUUUGGCCCAGCUGUUUCUUCUAUCUUUGUUCCUUGGUACCGUGUGUUUGGAUCCUACAUAUUAAUAUGCUCACAAGUAGAGUAUCUGGAACCAGAGGCGCGACUCUCUUGAUAUCAGGGAAAACUAUAGAUGAAGGAUUCGUAAGCAAAGUGGCCGAGAUAGGACUUGUACUAAUCAUCAUUGCAGGCAGGUGGAUYUUACCUCGAGGAACCAUAACACGUGACCAGUUAUCAGCUCUCCUACUGGAAUACAUUGCUAUAGCAGCGGACAUCCUUGAGCUGUUUGGCGCGUUUGAAGAGCCUAAGGUGGAGGGAAACUACCCAGUAACUGUGGCAAUACUGUCCCUGUAUUCUUGGAGCUUGCUGCAGUUCACUUUCAGUUUCACAGCAUUUGUAGACGACGAUGAUGAGGGGGAGGAAGAGAAAGAAGACAAGAAUCAGCUUCAUGGAGACCUGUUUGGCAUUCUCGCUGCCAUCUUCAUGCAAGAUGGACCAUUUCUAAUUCUGAGGCUGUAUUUGAUUAGCGCGCUAGGCGUAAAGGGUGAUUUACAAAUAUUUUUCGCGGGUAAGAAUGCCGUCACCCUUGCACUGUUAGUCUACAGGCUUUUCUCCAUUCAGUGUUUAAAGAAACAAGACGAAAGAACGCCGUAUCAACGGUUUAGGACCGCGUCUAUAGCUGUUGUAGGCGUGAAGAUUUUGCAAUCACAGACUUUCCAUGACAAGAUUAAUUUCUACAAUGAGAGAGACAUGAAGUUGGAGACAAAUAAGGAUGCGUCAAACAAGGACACGUCCGACUCUCCUUCGCCCGAAGCUUCUUCUCCUGACUCUUCUCCUCCUGUUAAACAACUAGCUUUCGAAGCGUCUGCAUGA